AUGGGCGCGCGAGACACACGAAACGAGACCCUGGCCUCUCCGGCGCCCGAAAUCGUCGGACUGCAAGAACUCUGGACGCAAGCCGACUACGACUCGAUCCGAUCCCAAACGCAACACAUCCUGCCGUACGGCAAAUUCUACUACGGGGGGAUCUUCGGCGCGGGCCUCGCGAUUCUCUCGAAAUGGCCGCUCGAAGAAAGCAGCAUGUACGCGUACCCACUGAACGGGCGUCCGACCGCCUUCUUCCGCGGCGACUGGUACGUCGGCAAAGGGGUGGCGUGCGCGCGGAUCCGCUUUGGAGCAGAUGCAUCGGACGUCGCAGAAGUCUUCUGCACGCAUCUGCACGCGCCGUACGAGCGGGAGCCCAACGACUCGUACAUCUGCCACCGGACGGCGCAGGCGUGGGAGAUCGCGAAGCUGAUGCGGGGCGCCGCGGAGCGGGGCCACCUGGUUAUCGGGCUGGGGGAUUUCAAUAUGGUGCCGUCGUCGUUUGCGCAUCGGUUGAUUCGCGCGCACAGCCCCGUCAAGGACGUGUGGCAGGCCAUGCAUCCGGAUUCGUCGGUCGCGGCGGCCAUUGAUCCCGUCGAGAAGAAGCGGGGGAAGCCUGUGCCGUCGGCGGAGUUCAAUCUGACGGAGAAUGGCGCGACGUGCGAUGGACGGUUCAAUACGUGGCGGUGGGAGAAGGAGGAUCAGAAGAGACUGGAGAAGGGCGUCGAUCGCGUCGUCGAUGGCUUGGAGCCGUGUCCCAGGGGCAAGAGGCUGGAUUAUAUCUUUGUCGGAGAUGGGGGGUAUGCGCCGUUGUUUCCGCCGGCGAGGUGGAGGGUCCUGUCGACCAGUAUUUCCAUGACGGAGAGACAUCCCACGCUGAGGUGCUCGCUGAGUGACCAUUUUGCUGUCGAGGCGGUCAUUACUCGCGCUGGGUCUGCUGGGGAGGGAGAGCAGCAGGGCGGCUAUGCCGCGCCAGGCAAGCCAUUAACACCAGAGACAUACGAUGAGAUCAUCGCGAUGAUCCACACGUACGUGGCCAGGGAGCGCUCCCAGCGGCGCUGGCGCAUGGCGCAUUUCAUCGCCUCCGUGAUUGUCUCCAUUGGCUGUAUGGUCGGGGUGUGGUGGACGGGCGACCAUCUCCCCUACGUGGCGUUCAUCCUGCUCUUCGUGAGCACGCUGAACUUCGGGGCGGGCAUCUUGGACGGUCUGAUCGGGGGUCUGUUCAUGUCGAGCGAGCUGCGCGCGCUCAAGGAGUUCGAGUGGGAGGUCCGCAACGCGAAGCAGAUUGUCGAGGCGGCGGGGGGCAAAAAGCUGGAGUAAUCGCUGGACGGUACGCUUUUUGGAUAUUGAUUAUGUUUGAAUGUGUGUGUAUUUGUAUUUAUGUACGUAUUUUCUACUGGCAGAGUAUAUAAUUUGGG